ACUCAGAGCGCAGCAGCAUCCCAAGGCUCCGCUCCGCUCGCCUCUUCCUCUUCCUUUUCUUCCUCCAGCAGUCUCCACGUCCGUUUGAAUGUGUGCAGCUCGGGAUGUGACAGCAUUCUGGCUGCUGCGUUUCCACAGGAAAAAAUAGAAACAAACUAAGAAGGAAAAAAAAGAAAAACAGCUCAGCUCUCUCUGUGUUUUCCGUCCGUCUUUUUGCUGCUCUUACUGUCUUUUGCCGACAGUGAUAAAGAGAGCAGUAAAAAUCGGGGGUCCCUGUGUUUUUUGGAAUAAGAACAUAAGCAUUGCUGUUUUCUGACUUUGAGACAGAAGAGAGGAGAGACUCCUUAGGAAUUUCCCAAGGAAUUUAUCCGGACGGCUCCGUCACCGGAGCUUUAUGUUCUCCUGCCUGGGUGCAUAAUGUUACCAACUUUUCCACACUAGGGAAAUUCUGAGGAGUUCUGUUCUGUCUUCGCUCUUUGUCUGAGGCAGCAGUCACAACCGUUUGUUCCAAACAGGGUGGGGGCAAAGGGAGCUUUAGUUGCAGCGGUGUGUCGGCGAGGUCGGCCUGCAGCAGCAGGGGCAGCAUGGUGGCACCUGCAUGAGCCCGACGGAGAAGCCUCGAUUCUCUUGUUCUCUUUCCUGAGAUGUCAACCACAGGAUGAGGCCUGAGGCCAGGUCUCAGGAGAGAGAAUGUUCCAUGACUUUCACACCUUCAACCUCAAGCUCAUGAUCUGCCGGGAAGUUUGCUUGAGUGGUGAAAGGCUGUGAAUACCCUGCAUCUGAGAAAUCAGACCAGACUGACUCACAGGGCUCUGUGAGCCAGUGCCACUGAGGCUGCCAAAGCAUGCUGGUGCCAAGCUGUCCCACCAUGCACAGAGCCAGACCCACGCUGCUGCUGCUGCCACCGCUGCUGCUGCUAAUCCAGGGUCUGCUCCUCCACCUCGCCGACGCUCAAACACCGCCAAAGUUUUUAAGAACCCCCAAUGACCAAACAGGCGUGCAGGGAGGCGUGGCGUCCUUCAUCUGCCAGGCCACCGGAGAUCCACAGCCGAAGAUUGUGUGGAACAAGAAGGGGAAGAGAGUCAGCAACCAGAGAUUUGAGGUAGUGAUAGAGUUCAGCGAUGGCUCUGGCUCCGUGCUAAGAAUUCAGCCGUUGCGCACGCCCCGAGACGAAGCCAUAUACGAAUGCGUCGCCUCCAACAGUGUUGGAGAGACGAGCGCCACCACCAGGCUGACUGUUUUACGUGAGGACCAGCUGCCCCCUGGCUUCCCCACCAUAGACAUGGGCCCACAGUUAAAGGUGGUGGAGCGAACGCGCACUGCCACCAUGCUCUGUGCUGCCAGCGGCAACCCCGACCCAGACAUCACCUGGUUCAAAGACUUCCUCCCUGUCAACACCACCAACAACAACGGACGCAUUAAGCAGCUCAGAUCAGAAUCCUUUGGUGGUACGCCAAUAAGAGGAGCCCUGCAGAUAGAGCACAGUGAGGAACCGGACCAGGGAAAGUACGAAUGUGUGGCAACGAACAACGACGGGACUCGCUAUUCUGCCCCGGCUAAUCUUUACGUCAGAGAGCUACGAGAAGUACGGCGAGUCCCACCCCGAUUCUCCAUCCCACCGACAGACAAUGAGAUCAUGCCUGGUGGCAGCGUGAAUAUCACGUGUGUAGCUGUGGGCUCGCCCAUGCCGUACGUCAAGUGGAUGCUGGGCGCUGAGGAUCUCACCCCGGAGGACGACAUGCCCAUUGGACGCAACGUCUUGGAGCUCACGGAUGUGCGACAGUCGGCCAACUACACUUGUGUUGCCAUGUCAACACUUGGGGUGAUAGAAGCAAUGGCCCAGAUAACAGUAAAAGCACUACCCAAGGCUCCUGGCACUCCGGUGGUGACUGAGCGCACAGCCACCAGCAUCACGCUGACUUGGGACUCUGGCAACCCCGAGCCAGUGUCCUACUACAUCAUCCAACACAAAUCCAAGUACUCUGAUGACCUGUACAAGGAGAUAGAUGGUGUUGCCACCACCCGGUACAGCGUGGGCGGCCUUAGCCCCUACUCCGACUACGAGUUCAGGGUGGUGGCUGUGAACAACAUUGGACGAGGGCCACCCAGCGAGAGCAUCGAGGCCAAAACAGCAGAGCAGGCCCCGAGCACCGCGCCGAGGCAGGUUCGAGGCCACAUGAUGAGCGCGACCACGGCGGUCAUCCAAUGGGACGAGCCAGAGGAGCCCAACGGGCAAAUCAUGGGCUACAGGGUGUACUACACCAUGGAUUACAGCCAGCAUGUUAACGUCUGGGAGAAGCAGAUAGUUCGGGGGUCUAACUUCGUCACCAUCCAGGGCCUCAUCCCGAAUAAGACCUACUACAUCAAAGUGUUGGCCUUCACCUCUGUGGGCGACGGACCCCUUUCUCCUGAGCUGCAAAUCAUCGCCAAGACUGGAGUUCCCUCCCAGCCGACUGACUUUAAAGGAGAAGCCAAAUCAGAAACAAGCAUUUUGCUUUCAUGGAACGCUCCGGCCCAGACGGGACUGGAAAACCAAGUGACCGGAUAUGAGCUCACGUACAGAAAGAAGGACGACAAAGAUGAGAAACGAAUCAGCUUCGAACCGACAACCACAUACCUGCUGAAGGACUUGAAGCCCUUCACCACGUACACUUUUCGUCUGGCCGCCCGUAGUAAACAUGGAAUUGGAGCUUACACCAGUGACAUCUCUGCAGAAACUCCACAGACGCAACCGGCCGGCCCACCUCAGGAUGUAAAGUGCCACAGCCCCAGCUCGACCAGUAUCCUGGUAAGUUGGCGGCCGCCAGCUGUGGAGCUGCAAAACGGGAUCUUGACGCAGUACGCUAUUCACUACGCCGCCACCGCAGGGGAGGACACCACCGCUCGCCGAAUCUCUGGCAUCCCUCCGGAGAGCACCAAGUAUCUUUUGGAGAACCUGGAAAAAUGGACUGAGUACCGUGUGUCGGUCACUGCCCACACAGAUGUCGGAGCAGGACCUGAGAGCCUGCCGCAGCUUAUCCGAACAGAGGAGGAUGUUCCUAGUGGGCCACCUCGUAAAGUCGAGGUGGAGGCUGUCAACUCUUCAUCAAUUAAAGUGAUUUGGCGCUCACCGGUGCCCACCAAGCAGCACGGUCAGAUCCGAGGAUACCAGGUGCACUAUGUCAGGAUGGUUAAUGGGGAGCCCACGGGACAGCCAGUCAUCAAGGACAUCCUGAUUGAUGAUGCUCAGUGGGACUAUGAUGAUACAACUGAACAUGAAAUGAUCAUCACUGAGCUGCAGGCCGAAACCACGUACUCAGUCACAGUGGCAGCCUACACAACAAAGGGUGACGGUGCACGCAGCAAACCCAAACUGAUCACCACCACUGGCGCAGUUCCUGAGAAACCUCGCCUCACUGUCAGUACAACAAACAUGGGAACAGCUCUUCUCCAGUGGUACCCCCCAGCAGUAAUCCACGGCCCCCUGCAGGGCUACCGCCUUCGCUUUGGCCGCAAAGAUGUUGACCCACUGACUGUUAUCGAGUUCCCUGAGCGAGAGAACCACUACACCACCAAAGAGAUCCACAAGGGAGCCUCGUACACAUUCCGCCUUUCAGCGCGCAACAAGGUGGGCUUUGGGGAGGAGACAGUCAAAGAGGUCAUCACAAACGAAGAAGUACCGAGUGGUUACCCACAAAACAUUAAAGCAGAGGGAGCCAGCACCUCCACAGUUCAGGUCAGCUGGCAGCCUGUUCUCCUGGCAGAGCGAAAUGGUCAAAUAGUGAAAUAUGCUCUGCAGUACAAAGACAUCAACAGCCCGCGGAGUCCAUCAGAACUCUUCAUCACUGCCCCGGAAUCAACCGUCCUGCUGGAUGGGCUCAGGGCAGACACUACUUAUGAUAUUAAAAUGUGUGCCUUCACCAGCAAGGGCUCUGGUCCCUAUAGCCCAAGUGUCCAAUUCAGAACACAGCCUGUGGAUCAAGCAGUGUUUGCAAAAAAUUUCCACGUGAGAGCUGCUAUGAAGUCGUCAGUGUUGCUGACGUGGGAAAUUCCAGACACCUACAACCCCGCACAACCUUUUACUAUCCUCUAUGAUAAUGGGCAGAGUGUGGAGGUGGAUGGAAAGCUAACACAGAAGCUUAUCACGGGUCUUCAACCAGAGACACAGUACUCCUUCCUGUUGACCAACCGUGGGAACAGCGCUGGAGGGCUUCAGCAUCGCGUGUCCACCAUGACGGCUCCAGACGUCCUUCGCACCAAGCCCUACAUGAUUGGCAAAACAAAUUCAGACGGGAUGGUGACCGUAGAGCUCCCGUCAGUCCAAACUUCUGAAAGAGUAAGGGGUUACUAUAUUGUGGUCGUACCUCUGAAGAAGCAACGCACUGGGAAGUUUUACAGUCCCUGGGACAGUCCAGAUGAGAUGAAUCUGGAAGAGCUACUGAAGGAGAUAAACCGAACGAGCAGAGCCCUUCGCUUCCAGAGGCACGCCGAGCCCAAAGCCUACAUUGCUGCGCACUUCAAAGACCUGCCCAAAGAGUUCACCCUGGGAGAUGGCAAGAUCUACGACGACUUUGAAAACAAACAACUCCAGAACGGCCAGGAGUACAUCUUCUUCGUGCUCGCCGUGCUGGAGAUGUCUGAAAACAUCAUGUAUGCCACCAGCCCGUACUCCGACCCAGUUGUUUCAGCAGACCUCAAUCCCCAGCCAAUCAUGGACGAGGAGGAAGGUCUUAUCUGGGUGGUGGGGCCCGUGCUGGCAGUUGUCUUCAUCAUAUGCAUCGUCAUCGCCAUCCUUCUUUAUAAAAGCAAACCAGACAGAAAAAGAGCAGAAACCGAAGCCAGAAAAGGCAGCCUUCCAAACAGCAAAGAAAUGCCUCUUCAUCAUCCCACUGAUCCGGUUGAGCUCCGGCGUCUUAACUUCCAGACACCUGGUAUGGCGAACCACCCUCCGAUCCCCAUCAUGGAAUUGGCCGAUCACGUAGAGCGCCUGAAAGCCAAUGACAACCUAAAGUUUUCGCAGGAAUAUGAAUCCAUUGACCCCGGUCAGCAGUUCACUUGGGAGCACUCCAACCUGGAGGUCAACAAACCAAAGAACAGAUACGCCAACGUAAUUGCCUACGAUCACUCCAGAGUCCUACUCUCCGGUAUCGAUGGAAUCCCUGGAAGUGACUACAUCAACGCUAACUACAUAGAUGGCUAUAGGAAGCAAAAUGCCUACAUCGCCACCCAGGGAGCUCUGCCGGAGACGUUUGGUGAAUUUUGGAGGAUGAUAUGGGAGCAGAGGAGUGCCAUCAUUGUCAUGAUGACGAAACUGGAAGAGAGGUCGAGGGUGAAAUGUGAUCAGUACUGGCCCACAAGAGGGACAGAGACCUACGGUCUCAUCCAGAUAACGUUGCUGGACACAGUAGAGUUGGCCACAUACUGCGUCCGGACGUUCGCACUUUUUAAGAACGGCUCCAGUGAGAAGAGGGAGGUGAGGCAGUUCCAGUUCACUGCCUGGCCAGACCACGGGGUACCGGAGCACCCCACGCCGUUCCUCGCCUUCCUCAGACGGGUGAAAGCUUGCAAUCCUCCAGAUGCGGGGCCCAUGGUGGUGCACUGCAGUGCCGGGGUGGGCCGCACCGGCUGCUUCAUUGUGAUUGAUGCCAUGCUGGAACGUAUCAAGCACGAGAAGACCGUGGACAUCUACGGACAUGUAACGCUGAUGCGCGCCCAGCGCAACUACAUGGUGCAAACAGAAGACCAGUACGUCUUCAUACACGACGCGCUCCAGGAGGCCGUCAACUGCGGCACAACCGAAGUGCCCGCCAGAAACCUGUACGCCUACAUCCAGAAACUGACUCAGAUAGAGGGUGGAGAGAAUGUCACUGGCAUGGAGCUGGAGUUCAAGCGCUUAGCCAACACUAAAGCUCACACGUCGCGAUUCAUCAGUGCCAAUCUCCCCUGCAACAAGUUUAAGAACCGCCUUGUCAACAUAAUGCCAUACGAGUCCACACGAGUGUGUCUUCAGCCCAUCCGAGGAGUGGAGGGCUCAGACUACAUCAAUGCAAGCUUCAUUGAUGGUUACAGGCAACAGAAAGCUUACAUUGCAACACAGGGACCGUUGGCAGAGACCACAGAAGAUUUCUGGAGAAUGCUCUGGGAGCACAACUCCACCAUUGUAGUCAUGCUGACCAAGCUCAGAGAAAUGGGCAGGGAAAAAUGUCACCAGUACUGGCCAGCAGAGAGGUCAGCCAGAUACCAGUACUUUGUGGUGGACCCCAUGGCCGAGUAUAACAUGCCCCAGUAUAUCCUGAGAGAGUUCAAAGUGACUGAUGCCAGGGAUGGACAGUCACGAACAGUAAGGCAGUUUCAGUUCACUGACUGGCCUGAACAAGGAGUGCCAAAAUCAGGAGAGGGUUUCAUCGAUUUCAUUGGCCAAGUACAUAAAACAAAAGAGCAGUUCGGCCAAGAUGGUCCCAUCUCUGUCCACUGUAGCGCUGGAGUUGGUAGAACCGGAGUUUUCAUUACCCUCAGCAUCGUCUUGGAACGGAUGAGAUACGAAGGUGUGGUGGACAUCUUUCAGACAGUGAAAAUGCUACGGACACAAAGACCAGCGAUGGUACAGACAGAGGAUCAAUACCAAUUCUGCUACAGAGCCGGCUUGGAGUAUUUGGGAAGCUUUGAUCACUAUGCAACGUAAAACGCCCAGUAUUGGAAGAUAAAACUGGAGGGCCCUUUGGGAGAAAAAAGAAAUCCAAGCGAGCCUCUCUUCUGAGCCAUAAAUUCCUGCUUGAGAAAGUACUCCUUAACUCCUUGCUAACAAUUCAUUUAAGUGUUGGAUGUGCGACAUGACUCGUCAAAAAAUGAAAAAGAUGAUUCCCGGAGGACCAAGUAAUUUCCCCAACAAGCCCAAAUAAAAAGAACCUCAGCUUAAGACGAGCAUGAGGGUGGGAAUCCUGACUGUUGAAGCAUCAUAGGGAAUUACCUUUUCUUUUUUGCUUCAAGGAUCCAUUUUGGGGCUCAUAAAACUAAAUGAAACCAACGCAAGAAAAAAGUUAAUGAACAAUAAUGACGUCGUCAGAAAUGCAUCAGUGAUUAUGACCCAUAACGAGAGACAACGAGAAGCACACCGAAAUAACAGGGGGAAGCAACUCAAUGCACAUUGUACAAAAAGAAAAAGAGGAAAAAACAUCAAAUCUGUUUCACAAUCAAGUCCACACAUCACAUCAAGAAGACGAUGCUUGGUCCACAGGAGCAGAACAGACUUAAAGUAAUAAUGAAUAAAUAAAUACCCCUUUUAUCUGGUCGCAAUGUUGAUUCAUUUCAGUUUGGGGGAGAGGUUAAAGUUAAAAUACAAAAGUAUUGAUUUAGUUUUUUAUUAUAAAGUUGAUGUGCUUUUUUUCAAAUGUCUUUUUCUUUUCUUUUACAGAGAAAAAGCGUUAAAAGAUUUUUUUAAAGCUGUAGAACUGUUCUAAUGUACGUGCUGUUUUUGCAGAGAAUCCGUUUGCUAAUUUUCAUACACUUCAAAAAUUCACACCAUCCAUAAUGUAACUUCCUUCAGCAGUUUAUUUUUUAUUUUUUUAUUUUAGCCUGGAAUUGUUCAUAUAUUUUUGUCAAGUUUUCUGUCUACAAUCACUCACAUUAUAACCUGAUUACUUCCAUUUGAUUAAAGGGCAUAUAUCAUCAUUUUCUACAACUUCUUCAGUUUUCUGGGUUGAAACUUCACGUAGAAACUUUGAUUAGCAUGUGAGAAAGAUGUUUAAGAGGAUGAGCGAAGAACAGAGCACAAUGCAGCUGAGAACGCAGCUGAAUGUCGCUGAACAGCGAUGACAUCACAUCUCAAACACCAAAAUCAGGUGUAAAGUGAGACAUUAAAACUAGUUUUCGCUGAACAACGACCGCCAGUAUAUUUUAUACAGGCUAACCACGCAGAGCAAUUCUCCAUAUUAUUAGUCUGUUUGAUAAAUGAACUAACUUUCCUACAGUAAUAUCCUCUAGACCUUUUCUGACGUUUGAUGUGGUGGAUGUCAGAGAAAAACCUGAUGUGUUCCCAAAGCAGCUGUAGUCACAUACACUCCUUUAUUUCUGUCAGACGUUAAGAAAGAAAUUAAGCACAAUGUAGUAAAAAAAAUAAAAUAAUUGCAUUUUCUUACCUGAUGAAGCUCAUAAUCAACAGCUGCGGUUGCCUAAAUGGUCUGGCUGUUGACUCCCUGGUGGACCUGUCUUUUGUAGCUGUACCACGAAGUGCGUUUUCUCAUUUUUCAGACUUGGGUGGUGACGUCACUUGAAGCCGGGGCCAAAACACAUUUGCGACAGACUGUUUUCGCAAGUAUUUACCUCCCACAUUUUUUGCAUAGGUGAUCUUUGAAGCAAAAGUGCUCACUUCAUCCUUUCUGUAAUAAGCAGCCACACAUGCGUUCGACAUAUUUCUGUGUCAAAAGGUCUUUUCGUGUCAACAAAACAAUCCAUCGCGUUCAGAGAUUUCCAGAAGGUGCCGUUACAGUCACUCUGUCAUCAUCCAUAUAUGGUAGUGCCUUCCUGUUUUAGAGGACGUGACUCAGAAGGCUCUAUGUGUUUCGGAUAAGUGCAUUUUUAAAUUAUUUAAGAAAAGGCAGUUGUGAUUUGUUUCAUACUUUGAAGCUUUUCAGGUUCUCUGGCUCUAAAAGAUGAUGAUAUAUGCCCUUUAACCGGGGCCUUGUGGAAUCAACAGGGGUGAGCAAAGUAUGAAGUUGCUGCUACCGAUUAUCUUAGUUCUUCCAUGUUACAAUGAGAAGAGAAAACAUGAUGAAUUUGGUAUGAAUAUAUAACUAUAUACUGUCAAAUAUGUGAAAUAUGUAUAUCAAAGUAUAGAUAUAACAAUAUAUAAAGUAUAUAGUUUAAAAGUAUAUAAAGUACAGAUUGUGUUUGAAAGCCUUUAAGCGGGGAGUCGUGUGCCAUGGGGGAGACAGAUUUUUCACUGGAAUGCACAUCAGUAAAACAAAACUGUAUUUUGAUUCAGUGCAUCUUUUCUUGUGCAAUAAACGUGUUUUAGAUUUAGAUUUUUUUUUUUUGUUCCCUUUUAAUAUGUGGCGAUGUCAUUAACUCACCACUUUAUUAUACCCUCCCCGCCUCCUUACAAACAGGUGGCAGUCAAAACGAUGCUGGUGCAUCUUUGCUUUAAACAAAUAGCCUAGUCAGUCAGAAAUUAGAGGAAAUCACACUCAGUCUCCACACAGUAGGGCAAGGUACAAAGACGUCAACUUAUUCAGAUAAUAUAUAUAUAUAUAUAUAUAUAUAGUUAUUUUUCUUUUUGCAUCUAGAGUGCCUUAUAUUUAUGCCUGUUUUUAUAAUGUUUUAUUUACCAUUCAUGUAUCCUUUGAGUAUUCUAGGCAUUUAGUGGAGAUUAAACUGUAAAGUUUAUUUACCUUUAGUUUUUAUUUGUCACAUAAUGCAAAUAAGAACCUUUUAAUGGUCAGUGUUCAUUUUUGUGGCCUUACAGAGGCUGAGGGAAUUGGAACAAAGCAACCACUACAGAAAUGUAAAAACUCCCCAAAAUACAAAAAAAGUGCACAGUUGGGGAUGGGAUGAUAAUGUAAAACUAAACAUUACAUUUGAAAAAGAUUAAUGCUAGUCUCCAAGCCCCCAACAUACAGUUAAGUGUCAACUAACAUUCUCAAGUGGAUUUUGUUUACAAAAAAAAAAAAAACAGAAUAACAAAUGGAUGCACAAACACAGGUCAUCAAUGACUGGUUUCUUCUUUAUGCCUUUUGUCUUUAUACACAACACCUCAGAGCAGACCUAGGGACAAAAUGUCCCUUCUGUUAAACUGACAGUCUUUAACAGUGUGCUAUCUUCUUUGUCUCCAAGUUAAAGAGAAGGUUUUUGCACCAGCUUGAGCACCAUUACUCUCUAAUGCUCCCUGAGAGCCGGGUUUUACCACCAAACUGUCACAACCUGAAAGAACUGACUCUGAUUCUUGUAAAAUUAGUAUCAGGGGCCCGACUCUUCUCUGAUAAUAAAAGCUGAAAACUUGAGAAACACUCAAGUCAUCUUAUUUUUCUUUGAGAAGAGCUUUUAGAAUCUGCCUAAUUAAGACAUAAUCUAACAAAACACUGAACUCCAACGUUACUAAAAAGUUAGUGAGCUCACCGUCUCUUACCUCCUGCUUAUCUUAAUACCACCAGUCACUUCGUGAUUGUAGUACAGCACAAAGUGGCAUUCUCUGAAUUUAUAAGCGCAGUUUGUGAUGGAGAUUAGAAACGCUGAUUUUUGUUUCUAGUGUUGUGGCCGUGUAACUGAUGCUGUUCAUCUUGCCUUAGAGGUAAUUCAUACUUUCCCUCUUUUGGUCUUUUCAUGCCCAGAUUUUGGGGGAUAAACAGGAGCAAUUUGACACUUAACCAUUCAUACUGACCACAAACCACUUGGUAACCACUUUGACCACAAAUAAUUUAAUGCAAUUCCCUUUGAUCCAGUCAUAGGUUCCCGCAUGGAAAUGUGGAUAUGAAGAAUGAAGAGAAUGAUGAGCCAAAAUUAGGGACUGGAAGCAAAAAUAAUUGGAAAUGGCUUACAAAUAAACCAACCAAAUAAAAUACCUAAAAUGUUUAAUUACUAUUAAUUACUAUUUAUCUCAAACGUGAUAUACAUAGCUUACAUGGGUACAAAAUUGGAUUGAAUAUAAGAAAAUAUAUAUUCAUAUUUUUUUGAUAAAAAUUAUGCAAUAUUUAGCUUUAUCAUGACAAUAUCUUCUCCCCUCUCCAUGAGCUUUAGCAUCUCAGCUAAUAAAAAUGUACAUCAGGUAGAUCUACUCUAACUGGUUAAACUUAUUAGUAUGAGAAACAUUUUCCCAACACUUAUAAUCUUCCGAAAAUUAAAUUCAAGCAGCUCUUUGACAUUGUGAUGUGAUGAUGAUUGGUCUUCAAUAUAUUGUGCAGCUUUAGUAUCAAAAGGAAGUAAGUUGGAACAAAAUGGCGACUCUGGGUACAACAGCAGAUGCAAAUUGAGCUGGAACCAUCAAAUUACUGUAUAAAUCAGUGUUUCUAUAUACCAAUCAAAGCUCACGAAGGCCAGUUAGUGAGUCCAAAAAAAGAGUUUAGAAACAUGAAACAUUGCAUAUUUAAAACAUCACUUACAAAUUAGGCUGGUGAUAUUAAUGCAUCUGUUUACAGACCAAUACUGUAAUUAGCGUUGCAUCUCCCCACACUCUGACCACUGGCAGAAAUCGAGAGGAUCAAACAUCCUCUCGAUUAAACAAAUAGCUUAUGGCGAGAAGAGUAGCCAAAUAACUUCUGGUCAACAUUAGGUUUGCACAAUAAAAGCUGAAAAUCAAUCACUCAAGUCUGUUCUGUAUUUCACAAAUUUAACUACAGAGAUUUAGAUUUGGGUGGUGGGAAGAGCUGAUGUGGUUCUGUGCCAGGUGAGAACCAGUUCUACCCACCAGCUUUGAAACUGGUUUGGUGGAAAAACCCCACUUGAUGGCUUUGUGGAUGUGCAUUCCAGGUGCUUUCUUUCCCUUAUUUCCUGAAGCAGCUGUGAGUUUUUGUUUUACUCCUUUUCCUGAUUGUUUUGUCACAAUAGUCUCGGAACAUGUUAAUUUUUUUUUUUCCUCAUCUGAUUUUUCUUAUCAGUUAUUAGUUUUUCAUUAUGCACGGUAAAGAACUUGCAGAGUGGCCAAAACCCGGCCAAGUAGGAAAGACUUGCACUUUCUCUUAUCUUUGUACUAUGCACUGCCCUAUUGAUUCUGAACCCAAUAAUGUAUUACUUGAACCCAUCUCUUAAAAAAGGAAACUCCUCAGACAUUCACUUUGUGUGUAUGUAAAUAACACAGAAAAGGUAUCAACCUGCUAAAAGGACAAAAAAAAAUAAAAAGAGUCUGUGGCGAAAAAGAGCAUUCGUUCUGAUGCCACCAUGGUUUACUCCAGCAGAUGACUUCAGAGAAAUCUGUUCCCCCAAACCAUCUGUUCUUGUGGCUUUGCCAUUCGAGCUUGGAGUGUCAUUAACAGAAAUAAACGUUGUGUUCUCUGCUCUCUCUCUAUCUAUCUCUCGUCUGGAUGCAUAGACUGAUAACUAAAUAAUGAAAUUGUAAAAAGAAAAAAAAAUAUGGCUUGUUAAAAAGAUUAUACGAUUACCUCUGAUUAGUUGUAAGCGUAAACUGUUUCUUUUUUCUGAAUGAAAGGAGUGCUUUUUAUUUUCUUACUUAGGUUACAUUGGUGGAGAAAGAAGUCUGUAAGAAAACCAGUUCUUUGCUGACACGAGUUCCAUUUGUUAUAAAUGAAUUCUAUUAAAAAAUGUCAGUGUUA